AUGUUCACGAACGUUGCGACUGGAGCGAGCGAGAGGUUCACACAGCGAGCGAGCUCUGUGAAAGCUCACUCUGAGAAACCAAGAACGCCUCUGGUCGGCAGACGUCCGAGGGUUGCUCGCUCGCGGCGACCCGGAGCUGCUGCUGCUGCUGCUGCUGCCUCUUGUUUGCAGGUCCAGCACGGCAAAAGGAUACUGAGGCUGGUACUGGUCGGCGGAGGGCAUGCUCAUUGUCACGUUGUUCGCGCGCUUCGUCCACAGCAGAUAGGCUUCAUCGGUGUACUGAUUUCCGUAGAGGAGCAUGCGCUCUAUUCCGGGAUGUUACCGGGGAGAAUCGCGGGACAGUACGAGAAGACAGCCGUGCGCAUCGACUUGCUCCAGCUCACGCAUACUACGAGUUGGUUAUUCCUUCGUGGGCAGGUCGUUGGUAUUUGUCAUCGGGAAAAGUGUCUCGAGGUGGAGCUUGUGGCGUCUGGUCCCUAUCCAGAGCGUAUUCAGUUGUACUACGAUGUGCUGUCGAUCGAUGUAGGGAGCAGCACCCGCGUUCCAGCAGGUCUAGAAGAAGUACCUUCUCAAUUCGUACAAUACACGCGACCUAUUCUAGAUUUGGAGGCUUUUUUCGAAACAUCUUGGGGAACAGAUGUGCCCAGCAGGCAAGUGACAGGGUCCGCGAGCGCAUCGCAGCGCGUCCUUGUCAUGGGCGGCGGCGCAGCCGGUGCGGAGCUAUGUUUCGCGCUGCACCGGCGUUGUCAAGUCGUUGGAAAAAGUGCAUUUCGCAUAUAUUGGCUGGUGACGGAACCGCAGCCUUUUCCGGCCAAAGUUCAGCAGCUGGUCAGGAAGCUCGCGCGAGAACGCGGGAUCCGUUUGGUUCAGGUCCCGGCUGACGCGCGCUUUCGUUUGGAGCCGAACUCCCCGUGUAAGGUGCAACCAGUCCAUGAUCUGAGCGCUACAGACGCGCUUGUCACAGAAGCUCGAGACUCCCGCUUUGUUCUGUCGUGGUCUGCAGAUGGGUCGGCGCUCGAGCGUCUAGCCUGCGAUGUUUUGAUUCUGGCAACGGGUGCCGCUGCUCCAAAGUGGUUAGCAGAGCAGACGGAUUUGGCGGUUUCUCCAGACGGUUUUGUACUCGUCCAACCGACACUACAAACUCUGAGCUCUGCUGAUGUAUUCGCCGCUGGUGACUGCAUUGCGUGGAGCGAACACCCCGAGAUGCAUUUACCCAAAGCCGGUGUGUACGCCGUUCGCCAGGCACCGAUUCUGACGGAGAAUUUGCGCUGCCGCUUGGUGCAGCUCAUCCAACAACACUUGAAAGAGGAAAGCUCCCGAGAGACACGCAACUGCAGAUUGCGUGUUUACCGACCUCAGAAACGAUAUCUUAGCAUUUUGAAUACUGCUGAUGGACAUGGGAUCGCUUUUCGCGGUCAAUGGAUGGCAUAUGGUCGGUGGGUAUGGCUCUGGAAGAAUAUGCUGGAUCUACUCUGGAUGGCGAAGUACCCGAAACCUGCGUCCGCCGAGAUCUUCAAGGCCGACCAGCACCCAACUUUGGAUGCAUCGCAUGGCGCUUUGCAGGCUGCAGUUGAAAAGUCGCAUGUCGAGCCCGGUAGCUCCCGGCAACGAUCACUCCGAGCGCAGGUCGAGUUGGCCUUGAUCCUGUACUUUUGUGCGACUGCAGACGCGUUCCCGCCGAGAAACAUCGGUGACGAAGCGCUAGAGGAACAAAUUGGGGAUCAAGCGACACGCGCCCUCUUCGAGUCGCUGUGGCAACGAAACGAGCCUGCUGAAGCGUGGCACCGGGAGCUUUCCGUGCUGACUCAACGUCUUCGUCUGCGGGUUCAGUACCCGAUCGGCGGCAGCGGAUUGCAAAUAACGCACCAGCAGUUGACCAGACGCAACGAAGAACCUCCGUUGAAUGACUCUGGAUGCAAUCGCUAA